AGCAUUGGCGGUGCAGUUACAUUAUUGUUAUUCAGCGAAGCAGUCUAUAGAGAAUACAGAGGAGAAACAACCAUGGUGGGUGACAAGACGCACUCAGUACAAACAGGAUGAUCACAAGAAUAAACGACUUUGCAGUUCACUAUCCGUGCUACUUUGUGGCGAAGAAGACAUGGUAUAUCAAGAAGGUCCCCAUCCCUUGUGUUGCUCUGGAAAAGAGAAUACAACAUGUUGCCUUUGUGCGCAAGCGACCUUGGAUUGUUGGUGAAGACCAAUGGGGAGUGUCAAAAGAGAGUUCUGCGGAAAACAUCUGUACAUUGGAUGAUGAUCUCAUUCUGUUCCCAAAUCACGCAGAGGAUGAGCUAUGUCCUAUUCUAGAAGAUUAUAAACUCCAAGAUGGUAACGAUGGUAGCAAGGGGAUAUUCCUUGAAACGCAUAUGGAGCAAUGUCUGUGGACGAAUGCACCACCACCGGGGGGGAUGCCAGAAUUCCAAGGCCUGCGUCUAUUGCAUGUCUUCUCAGAUAUGCCUCGACCACCAAUAUUGCGUUGGUCAGAGGAGGCGGUAGCACACCAUGAACAACUCAUUGACGGGGUGGUGAAUGACGGUGAUAGUAGUAGUAAGGAAGACAUAUCCCAGAUCAAUGAGGUGCUCCAACCAAGCCAAUAUCCAGUUGAACCUCAGGAAACCAGUGAAUUGGAGGAGGCGCUCAAUCCAACACAAACACAUGACAAAGUAGAAGCACACAAAAAUAGUGAAUCAGCCACAGAAGACUCCACAAUCAUUUCGCCACAUGUGUCACCCAAAUCUUGGUGGAACGAAUGGACUGAUAGUUUAAUGGGUCCUCAGAGGGAGUACCGGUAUCCAUCACGCUUCCCAGUACAAACUCAAGAUAAUGAAUCACCAAUGGAUGAGCUUAUAUGCCCUUCGCCAUCGGUAUCAUCAAACUCUUUCUUCUUCGAAACAGAGUUCACAGAUGAUGGAGGUCUGCCCUCGCUUGACAACACCGACCAAGGGAGUGAACCUCAAUGGGAGGGCAAUGACAAAGGCAAGUCGCCAAGCAAUCAAGAGCCAACUAAGUCCAGUGAACAUCCAUUUCUCUACCAAGGACACACAUCAACCCUCUCCUGUGAAGCUGGCAAGGGGAGCGAACCCCUUUUGGAGGGCAAAGACCAGUCAAUGGGCAAACAAGGGCUCAAUGGCUUGCAUGCCACCCCUUCCGUUCCUUCUCCCGGGACCAUGCAUGGGCUCUCGCUUGCUGGCACAGGCCACGGGAAUGAACCUCUGCUUGUCAAUGGCCAGCCACUACCGGUACCAUUUGUAGCAGGUAGCCAAGAGCUCGUGAACUUGCAUGUGGAACAUACUUUGCAUUAUUCAAGGACAGUACAUCAACCCUCUCUUGAUGAUACAAGUCAUUGGAGCGAACCUCUCCUGAGACAAAAUGACAACGAUGAGCCACUUGGAACCGGGAUCUCGCCAGCUCUGUCGUGGAACAUUCCUCCUCAAGGCCGACACACCAAUCCUCCCUUGAUGUUAUUAGUAGUGGCCAAUGGACUGAAUCUCGCGACAAGCCACUUAGAAACCAAGAGGUCCAUCGCAGCCGCGAGUGGAACCUUCCUAAUUCGGAGACCACACAACAACAUCUCUCAUUUGAUCAUACAUGCCAAUGGAGUGAACCUAUGUUGUUUGCUUCGGAGAGCAUUGAGCCAUUGGACAGCUCAGUUCCAAUGA